AUGUCCUGGCACGAUAUACGUCAGCAUGCUAUGCCCCAGCAUGAUGUACCUCGGCAUGAUAUGCCCCAACAUGAUUUACCCCAGUAUGAUAUACCCCAACAAGAUGUCCCCCAGUAUGAUAUGUCCUGGCACGAUAUACGUCAGCAUGCUAUGCCCCAGCAUGAUGUACCUCAGCAUGAUAUGCCCCAGCAUGAUAUACCCCAACAAGAUGUCCCCCAGUAUGAUAUGUCCUGGCACGAUAUACGUCAGCAUGCUAUGCCCCAGCAUGAUGUACCUCAGCAUGAUAUGCCCCAACAUGAUUUACCCCAGCAUGAUAUACCCCAACAAGAUGUCCCCCAGUAUGAUAUGUCCUGGCACGAUAUGCGUCAGCAUGCUAUGACCCAGCAUGAUGUACCUCAGCAUGAUAUGCCCCAAUAUGAUAUACCCCAGCAUGAUGUACCCCAGCACGAGAAUGAUAUAUCCCAGCAAGAUAUGCCCCAGUAUGAUGUGUCCUGGCAUGAUACACCUCAGCAUGAUAUGUCCCAGCAUGAUAUGCCCCAGCACGAUAUACCUCAGCAUGAUAUAGCUCAGGAUGACAUACCUUAG